GCGGCGCAAAGAUUCCUAAGUGGAAUUCGCGAGUUGGCGACGUAUGCCACUUUUGUUGAGAAGCAGGCUGCUGGCGUAAAGAAAUCUUUGGAAAAAAUGUCGGCAGUGAGUCCAGGGGAAGCCGCAGGAAUUCUUGGAGCAAUAGAUCCACAGGUCUGGAGCCCUUCCCACGUGGAAGGGUUUCGGUUGCUUUUGGCGAGCAAGACGAAAGCUGUGGUUGCAGAUAAUGUGCGUACGACGCAGCAAGAUUUUGCCACUUUGCCUUUUUUUUUGACUGAAGAAUUAUGUCAGAAAAUUUUGCGUGAGGGUACUGACAGAGAUCAGUUGCUUUUUGACCUGUGCGCCCACGCGGCGAAGCUGACGUUGCGGGUUGCAACGGAAGGUAGCAAAGCAACGAUUAUCGCGUUGGCCUACUGGACACAGUUAUGCCAAGGAAUGACUGCGAAGGAAAAAUACAACUUGUACCUGCAGAAGAAGCCCGUCGUGACAAAGUACUUGUCUGUGCCGCCAUCGUCCACGACCAUUUUGGAGUUGCCCGUGUCAUGGAAAGAUUUGCCCAGUGAAGUUGCACAGUCCGUGUUUCCUACGGGGAAACCGAUGGAGCGGAAGGAGUUUGCUGCUGAUGUCAUGCAAUUCGUGCGCAACAUGCCUUUGCGAAAGGAUCAUAAACUUCUGCAGGGGGAAGCGGACAUCGCUGCAGGUUCUUUGUCCUCAGGGUCUGCAUCAUCUGGCUUAAGUGUGGAUGCAAUCUGCAAGGUUGUCGAAGCAUGUUCGCGGGGAAUGCAGAAUGCUGGAACACAGCAAGUAUUAUCGUUGUCGAGUCCGGUAACAUGUCCGGUGCCUGCACAAAAGGAGCUGUUGGCGAUUGAAGAUGGUCUUGUGGAAGAGAAGACACCUACGGGGUGUCUUCCAAAAAAACCUGUGCAAGACGAGCAGAAGGAUCCGGAGAUGUCAGUGGAACAGCAGUUGGAAGCAUUACAAGGCAACGCUCGUUUGUUGGAGGAAGCAGCUUUGAAACGUCCUGCGUCAAAGAAGGGCUUGAAGCGGCCAGCAGCUGCAAUUGGCACGGUUGCGUACGCCGCAAUUUGUGCCGCUGAGGGAUCUACGGGAUCAUUGCAGGGAGGGACUGGCAGGAGCAAGGUGCGUCAAGCUGUGCUGAAGAAGGUACCGCGGACGCUCAAGCUCCGUUUCCGUAACGGAUGUCAGAAGUGUCGGCGGAGGGCUUUGUGUACUCCAAGCUGCUGGGCCGAGCGCGGCUAUUUUCCGAGGUACACCUUCCUGAGCAAGGAUUUCAUUCACAAGUUUUCAUUAUCACACCUCCUGACCAGGACCAAGGAGGGUGGGCUCAAAGACAAGCAUGGCUAUUUGAUGAACAGCGAAGUGAGUCCUGAAGCCAUGUCCAAGUUUCCGGUUUCCAGGCAUCACUUUGCAAGGUAUGAAGUGAACAGUGGUGACAUUCGUGAGGUUCAAGCGAAGUCUCCUGUGCGCGACGACGGAAGAGAAAAGGUGAAAUUGUUUUCGGCAACUUUGAUUGCAGAAGGAGUGUCAAACGUGCAAGUGAAGCACUUUGAGUGGCCAGUGCCUUUCAAGGAGCGGCUCACGCUCAAGCAGCUCCUUGGCAAUCCUGCCAUGGAAUGGAAGUGCAACUUGCGGGAGAAGACACACGAUGUCGACGGCUCAGCUCUAUCCAGCACAGCCCGCAAGAACUUGAUCCAGUUUCAAGACUUUUUGGACAAGAAUCCGGCCAAACAAGACUCUGACUUCAUUGUCGACACAGGCGGUUCUUCAGCAACUUGGAUGGAGGACAAAUGUGAGAAGAGAUUGCCCCAAGGUGUCCUCAACAGAGCUGACUUGCAGUUGGGCGUCCAAGCCUUCUUGCUGUGGGAUCCAGCACUCAAGGAGAAGAGCGCGUUUGAGCUGGAAAAUGCUCGUGAGGCUUUGAUUUUUUGCCAGCCUUUCUUCAAGGAAGACCGCACCAGGUCAUGUGCGCUUGCCUGUGCCAUCAUGUUUUUCACCAUCCUUCAGAUGACGCUGGACCGCCCUGGCACAGAGCCCACAGACUGUACAUGGACCGCUCACCUUUACACCAGGUCUGGACAAAUCCAGCCUAUGCAAGAGAAGAUCGAGAAAUGUCCAGCUUUGACAUCGCGCGGGUUGCUUGCAGGAAAGGUUGGUGAGUUGGAUAGCGCUGCUUCUUUUCUUUUGGGCGCCAUCAACGCCAUGCCUCAUGACCUGCUGCCCCAGGCGCCGCAUUUCGAAGGCUGCUUCGCUUGCCUGGACGACUUGUUGGUGCAUAUGAAGUUUCGACUUCACCAAAGAGCCAUGGCGCCGAAGGGGAAGACGGACGAGACUCCUCGUGAAGGUGAUGGUUCGGAAUAUAGCUACAUCACUGAUGAGGAGGCCACCUGGGCCGAACCAGCUGCCGAGCCACCUACGCGGGGCGGACCUGGGCGCAUGACUGCGUCGAAGUCGAAGGCAGUGAAAAAAGAGAAGGAGGAGCGGUCAUCGAGCGAUCGCGGGCUACGUGCUCGUCCAAGGGAGUUGCCUUCUCCUUUCAGCCCUCCACGUGAGAGCUCACCCAGGCGUGCCAGGCGUGAAGGCCGCAGUCGUGACAGAAGCGCCAAGAGGGCACGUAGUGUGGCGCCAGAGGCCGCGCGGAGUCCCAAGAGGACACGGAGCGUUGCGGCAGCUGACGCGCGUAGCCCCAAGAGGGCACGGAGCGAAUUGCCGGCAGCCGCGCCUCGAUCCGCACUGGACAUGCCUUUGUCGGAGUAUGGCAAAGGGAAAGGGAAGGCAAGGCGAGUGACCUGUCCCUAUUGCCACGUGGAAGUGGCACGGACUGCCCGAGGAUCUGCAUUGAGCCAGCACCAGUGGUUCAGCGAGUACUGUAUAGCCUGCCAGCUGUGGCAGAGAGGCUGGGCCUGGCACGAUGCCCGAAUUCGUGCGGCCGCCUUGAAGGACAGGCGAGAAUGUGAAACCAACGAGGAGAAGGGCCCCGCAGAGCCAUGGCCUGAGGAGGAGGUGGUGCCUGCCAGAUCGGCACGGCAUCGUCAGGCACGCGAAGAAGCAGAGUUUGAUGAGGCUAUGGGCCCCAGGAGCGAGAAGAUUCCCACCAAGGAGAAGAGCCCCGGCAAGGAAAAGAAGAAGGACAAGAAGCGUCGCCGGAGACACCGCAAGCCCAGCCCGACUCCAGAGGUGGAGCGUCCUCGCAGGCGUAAGCCGCCGAGCGACGAGGAUGACGAGGACGCAGGGCACCGCAAAAGGCGCCGCGAUGACAAGGUCUGGAUUCAGGUGCCCAGAUCAUCCUUGAUGGCCCACUAG